AUGUCUUCUGACACUCACAAUCGAACUCGAGACUGUACUGCGUUUGAAGUUGCCAUUAUCUGCGCCUUGAGCCUUGAGGCAGACGCCAUGAUGGCAUUAUUUGAUCAUUUCUGGGAGCAAGAACAGCAGCACUACGAGAAAUCUGACGGAGAUACUAAUAGCUAUACCAUUGGUCGGCUGGGCCAGCAUCAUGUGGUGUUAGUCCAUAUGUCUCAUAUGGGAAAGGCGUCAGCUGCCAAUGUUGCAGCCAAUCUGCGUUCAAGUUUCCCCCAUAUUCGUCUUGCCUUGUUGGUCGGCAUCUGUGGAGGUGUGCCUUUUGUAGACGGUGGAAAAGAGGAAAUUACCUUGGGGGAUAUCGUCAUCAGCACACAGAUUGUUCAAUCAGAUUUUGGACGACAGUACUCAGAUACUUUCAUUCGCAAAAACACAGCACAGGACAAUCUCAGCAGACAGAACCAGGACAUCGGAGCCUUCAUAUCAAGUCUACAAACCAAAGUGGCUACACUCGAAGAGCAAAUUCGAACCAAUACUGUCACCCUCUUCAAUGCAGAAAACCCCAAGAAUCUCAAACGAUCCGAGGAUAUAUUUUGGUGCAAUAGCUUCCGGAGACCAGGUCAUAAAGUCUGCCCAACAUCGAGACCGCAUCGCUACACAGGAACAUGUUAUCGCCUUUGA